AUGGUUCCUCCGGAGUUCCUGAAGAGGCCGGCCAACAUCUACGCCCACGAGUCCAUGGACAUCAUGUUUCAGUGUGAGGUCACAGGUUCCCCCGCCCCCACCGUCAAAUGGGUCAAAAAUGGAGACGCGGUCAUUCCCAGCGACUACUUCAAAAUCAUUAAUGAACACAACCUGCAGGUGCUGGGUCUGGUCAAGUCUGACGAGGGCUUCUACCAGUGUCUGGCAGAGAACGAUGCAGGGAACAUGCAGUCCAGCGCUCAGCUCAUCAUCCUAGAGCACGGCUCCAGAGGUGUGGCUAACCCCACUGGCCCCACCCCUUCCGCCCCCCGUGACGUCGUGGCCUCGCUGGUCUCCACACGCUUCAUCAAGCUCACCUGGCGCCCUCCUGCUGAGCCCAACGGAGAAGACCUCACCUACUCUGUCUACUUCAAUCAGGAGGGUACCAACAGGGAGCGUAUCCUGAACACCAGUCGGCCAGGUGAGAUGCAGGUCACCAUUCAGAACCUGAUGCCCGACUCCAAGUACAAGUUCCGGGUGGUGGCACACAACAAGAACGGCCUGGGAGAGAGCUCUGCUGUCCUCAAGGUGGCCACCCAGGGUGAAGUGCAAGUUCCUGGCCCCGCCCCCAACCUGCAGGCUGUGUCGACCACACCCACCUCCGUCACCCUCAGCUGGGACACGCCCCUCACUGGUAACGGAGACGUCCUCACCUACAAGGUCUACUAUAUGGAGAAGGGUCUGGACCUGGAACAGGUAAGACCCAGUGUGAUGGGUGGGGGAGUUAGAUGGCCCUAUAUGUUGAAAUAGUGAUCCAUCAUAUUC